CCUAAAAUUGAUAACAAUCAUAUCUUUUGCCAAUGCGCAUAAAUAUGGUGACAUUCAAAAAAAAUAUCCAUUUCCAUUUGGACAUCGUUGGAUCAUCAAUCAAAGAUGAAGUGUUUACUCUUUGUCGUCGCAUCUAUCCUUCUUCUUCAAUUCGCAACCGCACAAGACGGUAGCGUAACUCCAAAAACAUGUGAAGACUUCUUACCGCAAAAGACCUGUGAUAACCUUCGUAAAGUUGCUACCCUCCUUCACGAAAAAGCCACCACAGUCCGAGAUGCAGUCCAAGCUGCCAUUGCCCACCACAAAACCAAAGCUAGUGAAAUGCUGACCUUUAUCAAAGAAUACCUUGCAGAGAAAAUGCCAUGUGAGAAAGUUUUGACGGAAAAACUUUGCAAUCAACUCAGCACUCUUGGCGAUCACGUAAAAUUGACGGCACUUCAAGUUCGUCUUGCCAUUGAGAAUGCAGUUUCUACUGGAGCUACUAAAGUCACAGACAUCUACAAAAAAGCCGUCGAUUUCAUGACAACCGAAAUUACAUGCUCAAAGAUUUUCGGUCAAGUUGCAUGUGACAAUAUGGUAGAAGCUAUGAAGAAAUUAAAGGAACAGUCCCAACUUCUGAAUGAGGCUAUUAUGACUGCUGCUCAAAAACAUUACACAAAUGUAAAGAAUUUGUUGGUCAGUGUCAAGGAAACACUUGUUGAAAAAGUGACCAACUUUCAAUGUACGGAUGUCAUGACACAAAGUCAAUGUGACUUCAUUACCAAUUUGGCUAAAAAAUUCCAUAUCAAGGCUACAGAGCUUAAUAGAGCCAUAGUUGAAGCAGUAUUCAAUGGAACGAAAAGCAUUAAACAAAUUUACGAUAUCACCAUUGGUGAAUUGAUUGAAAAGGCUAAAAACGUGAAAUGUGAAGACUUGAUCCCUAAGGAUACUUGUGAUAAACUUGAUGCUUUUGCCAAAAAUGUCCACCUGAAAGUUUCUGAUGUCACAAUGGCAGUUAAGGUCGCUAUUGCAUCAGGAGUCACAACCGUUGGAUCAACUGCAAAAUUUGUUCGUGAAUACUUGGCUGAGAAGCUAUCAUGUGACACUUUCUUAUCUGAAUCUACAUGCCAAUUGCUUGAAAAACUCGCAAACAAACUUCAUGUCAGUUUCAAGAAAGUCAUUGAAAAAUUAAGAUCAUUAUAUGCGUCUGGAGUCACCAAAGUUUCUGACAUCUACAAGACAAUCGUUGAGUACGUGUGGGGUCUGUUUUGGGGCGAUGCUGUUGACAAAAGACAAGCGGAGUUUAGUCUCAAGGACAUGCUUCGAGACAAAAUAAUGAAACUCGUCGAGAAAGUGAUCACUAUCAGCAAAGACCUCAAAAUCAAACUAAAAGCCGACAUCAAUAAAUUAAUCGAAGAUGGAAAAGUCACUAUCCUGAACGUUAGACAAUAUGUUAAAGAUCUUAUUUCUAAGUAUGGUCCACAAUCAGAUGAAGUAACAGCUAUGGAUGAUGUUCACAAAAGUCUUAUUGAAAAAUUAAAGGAUGCUUUAAAGAAAGCUCAUGGAAAAGCUAAGGUUGUGAUCACAGAGUUAUUGGCUAAGACUAAAGAUCAACUAGAGAAAAUCAAGGAAUACGUCAAACAGAUUCUUAACAACCAAGGGCAAUACGAUGAGAGUUUGGAUGUCACUCAUGAUCUUAUAGCUGAAAUGGCAUACAAAACAAUUGACGACGAAGCACAAUCUGCUGCAGAUGAAAUCAUGCAGAUGAUGUAAAAUGUUGUAAAGACAUUUGCCUCUUGUUAUGAAAUAUAAUGAAACUUGCAAA